GAUGUUGCGAUUCUAGUGAUGGAAGAGAGAUGGGGACACCUAGUGAGGCACUUGGAAAUAUCUACCUAGCUCCAAAAUUAUGGCAAAAGUAGAGAAGAAAUGCCUUGAGACUGCUGGAUUACUAGAUUACACAGAAGAUGGGACUACAGACCUCAAAGGUAGACCUAUUACAAGAUCAAAGACUGGGAGAUGGAGAGCUUGCUCCUUCCUUGUAGGGUAUGAAAUAUUUGAGAGGAUGGCAAAUCAUGGGAUUUCAGCAAACCUAGUGGUGUAUUUGGCAAGGAAGCUCCAUGAAGGCACUGUAAAAUCUUCAAACAAUGUCACCAACUGGACUGGUACCCUAUCUCUCACACCGAUAUUAGGCGCUUAUGUUGCAGAUACAUAUCUUGGCCGAUAUUGGACCUUUGUUUCUGCAUCAGCCAUUUAUAUAAUGGGAAUGUCACUACUAACCCUAGCAGUAUCAGUGCCAGCUCUGAGACCACCAUCUUGCGGCCCUGGAAUCAAGGACGAGGACUGCACAUUAAGAGCUUCGCCAUUCCAAGUAGGGAUUUUCUAUUGUGCAUUGUACAUGAUAGCGGUUGGAAUUGGUGGAACAAAACCCAAUAUCUCAACCAUGGGGGCAGACCAAUUUGACAGUUUUGAGCCAAAGGAGAAGCAUCAGAAGCUCUCCUUCUUUAAUUGGUGGAUGUUUUGCAUAGCCUUUGGUAACUUCUUUUCUUACACUUUCUUGGUGUACAUACAAGACAACGUCGGUUGGUCGCUUGGCUAUGGGCUCCCAACAAUAGGGCUUGUGAUCUCAGUGUUGGUGUUCUUGGUUGGUACCCCAUUUUACAGGCACAAAAUGCCUUCAGGGAGUCCUCUAACAAGGGUUGCUCAGGUACUGGUUGCAGCUGUUAGGAAGUGGAAAGUGAAUAUCCCAAAUGACCCCAAAGAGCUUCAUGAUCAACCAAGCUUGGAUGAACAUGCAGACAAAAUGAAACACAGAAUUGACCACACCUCCUCAUUAAGAUUCCUUGACAGAGCUGCAGUAAAAAGUACCAGGCCAAGUACACCAUGGACUCUUUGUCCGGUGACCCAAGUAGAAGAAACCAAGCAAAUGAUGAAGAUGAUUCCAGUUUUACUCACCACAUUCAUUCCUUCCAUUAUCAUAGCUCAAACCCACACCCUUUUCAUAAAGCAGGGCACCACUCUAGAUGCUUCCAUGGGUCCCCAUUUCAAAAUCCCCCCUGCAUCUUUCGGAGCCUUCGUAACCAUUUUCGUCCUAGUAACCCUCGCAAUCUAUGACCGCUACUUGGUUCCAACACUACGGACUUACACCCAAAACCCUAGGGGAAUCACAUUGCUCCAAAGAAUGGGAAUAGGGUAUGUGGUGCAGAUCGUAAUCAUGGUCCUUGCUUGCUUGGUUGAGAAAAAACGACUUCUCGUCGCAAGGGAAAACGGCAUUGUUGGCAAAGGAGAGAAAGUUCCCCUCACAAUAUUUAUUCUGCUGCCUCAGUUUGCUCUUAUGGGUGUGGCUGAUGCGUUUCUGGAAGUUGCAAAGAUAGAGUUCUUCUACGACCAAGCACCACAAGGCAUGAAGAGCAUGGGGACAUCAUAUUAUACUAGCAGCUAUGCAGUUGGGAGUUUCCUCAGUAGUUUUCUUCUGAAAACAGUUUCUGAUAUGACCAAGACAGAUGGCCACAAAGGUUGGGUCUUGGACAAUUUGAAUGUAUCACGCUUAGACUACUACUAUGCAUUGUUGGCUGGUUUGGUAUUUCUUAAUUUCUUAUUAUUUUUGGUUGUUGCAAAGUCUUUUGCUUAUAAUGUUGACAUCUCGGAAGCCAAGAUAGCUGUGGAAGCUUGAUUUGCAAAAGAUAUACGGCUAGCUUCAUGUAAAGAUGUGAAGACAGAUCUUAGUUGAUCCGAGCUUGAUGAAAGCUUACGUUAAUUCCUUGCUUUUUAGUCAAGAUGAAAUGAAU